AUGGCCUCUGAAGAUCCGAACGCCACUGCCUUGAAAGUAUGGCUCACUCAAAAUAAUGGGUAUUUCGACCCUAACACAGGAUUUUGUAAAACCAAUUCCGGAUUUUCUAUCAUUGCAAAGACAUCGUUAGCAGCUGAAUCGACGAUAGUUACUACCCCCUUCAGCUUGGCGAUAACAAGAAAAGUCGCAGCGGAGGCUCUAGUCCAGAUAUUGAAAAAUCAAUCUGCGGUGGAAUCUUGGAACGAACGCCAAUGUAUAGCAUCCUAUCUCUGUUUUCAUCACAUCUUGAACGGAGAAAGCUUGAAUUUACGACAUCGACCUUACGUCCAAACCUUGCCUACUCCCGACCAACUACGAACAGGCCUCUUCUUGAGCUCGGCGGAGCGGGAAUUGUUCCAAGGUACAAAUCUGUACGGCGCCAUACAAGAACGAGAACAGGAAUGGAAGUCUGACUGGAACCAGUGCCAUAAUGUUGUUGCUGGAGUCGAAGAGGCGUGGGCGCGCGCGUUCACGUGGGAAUUAUAUCUUACUUCUGCAUCUCACAUAUCAUCAAGAGCCUUUCCAUCCACUCUUUUAUCCAAAAAUCCUUCUUUAUUGUCCUCCCCGUCCACCGAACCGAUACUGCUACCAGGCAUCGACUCCCUCAAUCACGCUCGAGGUCAACCUGUUUCAUGGGUUGUCACUUAUCCCAAUGAACUUAAUCAAACUCCCGAACCAUGCAUCUCCCUGAUUCUCCAUAGUCCAACCCCCGCCGGCUCCGAACUGUUCAACAACUACGGUGCUAAACCCAAUUCAGAGCUCAUCCUAGGCUAUGGUUUCUCACUUGCAGAGAAUCCUGAUGACACGAUUAUCCUGAAGAUUGGAGGUGGCGGUUCAGACACAAAGAAAUGGGAGAUUGGACGAUCUUCGAGAGGGGAAGAGGGUCUCGGGGCAGAAGGUCUCUGGACGGAGGUCCUGUCACUGAUAUCUCAAGAUACUACAUAUAACUACGAAGACGAACUGGACGCGUCUUCUAUGCUAGGAGAAAUGAUUCGUUCGGUUAUCGAGAAACUUCCAACAUCCAAAAGAUCUCUCGAUCCGGGACAGAUACGACCUGACGUAAUAGAGAUGUUCCGAAAUUACCUCGAAGGCCAACGGGACAUUCUCGACUCCCUCCUUGCGUUUGUUAAUGCAAAAGAGCAAUCGGCCAUUGAAAAAGCUCGAUCGGAGGGUGUCGAUAUAGUUCUUGAAGACUAG